GACAAUCGUGCAAGAUACGAAGCGCUGCACGAUUUCUGCCACUUUCCAAGUAACUCCACGGCGAGAGGGACACUACGGAGUGAGGAGUGAGGAAGCUGCCCACUGCCUUGCUUCUCCUCUAGACCACAGAAAUGCGACUUUCCAAUGUCCUCGAAGUAGCCACUGACCUGUUACUAAGUCAGAGAGAUCUCCGUUACUGCCUUGUCAUUGUGGCAGAGCCUAGCGACCAGGUGUCUUCGAGCGAGAGGGAUCGGCUUUGGCUCCGGCGUAUUUUUAAUAGAAGAGGUAUUCCGCUUAUCGCGUCUGGCCCUGGAAGUGAGUCCACUAAUGGGACAGCAUUACAACAAGGAAAGAUCUCAGUUGGGUGCGCCGUGAGGGUCAUGUUUGCAAGCGAUAAUUGGCAAUCUGGCAACUCGAUCAUCCCUAACCAAAUCCUCGGAAAUUCUCGGCUCCACGUCCUGUUCUUGGAUGUUCAACCAAAACAGUCAGGCAGCGGCAGAAUUCAUGAACUGCUAACGUCUCAAAAACUGAAAAAAGUUCACCAUGCUCUCUUGCUGACAACAACAAUUAAGGCCUCAGGUGAGGUUGCCAUGUACGGUAGAUGUCUCCACUGUGCAACGAGGAAGACGGGAAUACAGUACCUAGAUUCCUGGACUCCCCAGAAAGGAUUCCUGAGACGAGUGGACAUCUCACGCGAACUGUUCAGCAAUUUCCACGGCCAUGUCUUCGAGACGGUUACGAUGGACUUUGCCCCUUUCAUCGACUACACACGAACUAUCGAUGAACCUGGCGGAGUAACAAUCCCAAAGGACUCCAUGGACGUUCGCAUCCUGAAGGAGGCGGCGAGGCUGCUCAACUUCUCUUAUAUCAUGCGUGAGCCUAAGGAUAAUCAGUGGGGAUACCUCCUCGAAAACGGUUCCUGGACCGGCACCGUGGGUACCAUUCAGCGCGCCGAGGCCGAUUUCUCCAUGAUGCUGUCCGUGACUUGGGAACGAACUUACGCUGUCACUUUCACGAGGGCGUAUUACGUGGAACCAAUGUCAUUCGUCAUGAGAAAGCCGGGGCCUCUGCCACAGUGGCAAGCCCCUAUCAAGCCCUUUACAUGGGAGACAUGGAUCUACCUGGUUGUGGUGACUAUUUUCUCCGGACCAGUGUUGUGGGUCAUCUUCAGACUAACGCCGGCAAGACACUUCCUGGAGGAGGAGAAGGCAAAAAAGCCCAAAGGCAAGGCUAUGAGGUCUGGGAUCGCCAUAGAAGAGCAGGAUUUAAGUUUUGGCGAACUCUGCUUGUAUAUGAUAGCUCCAUUGCUGGGUCAACCUUCUCCGUUUUUACUAAGGUCCUCCAGCGGCAAAACCUUUUGCUGCUUGUGGUGGUGGUUCUGCUUUCUGGCGACGACCCUGUACAGAGGGAAUCUUAUCGCCGGUCUCACCGUCCCAGGAGUCAGCCCAACUUUGGAUACGCUCGAGGAAUUGGCUGAUAGCAAUAUUAAGUGGGGGAUGCUGAACACUUACGGAUCAGAUUACCAGCUCUUCAGAGCAUCAACUGUUCCAGUAUACAUGAAGCUAUUUCAGAAGAUGCACUUCAACGGCGAACGCGAUUCAAUGGAACUGGUCCUGCGCGGCGGAUACGCGUUCAUAUCCUGGAAAACCUACUUCAGAAACAUUAUAGUGAGGGAUUACUCCGACAAGAAUAGGGAGACGAAGAUUCGAAUCGCUCGCGAAGAAUUCUUUCCCGGUGGUUUUGGGUGGUCCUUCCCGAAGGGAUCCGCUUACACGGAGAGUUUCGACCGCCUCUUCCAGCGCAUCAUCGAGGCCGGUCUGAUCAAGCAGUGGAUGAAGGACCUGAUUAGCCUCUCGGCCUCGGGAGCCACUGCGUCUACGUCGACUUCCUCCUCCUCCAGCAUCAUCGAGGUGGAAGAGAAGGGCCUUCAGGCUUUCACAGUUUACCACCUGCAGGGUACCUUCUACUUGAUGGUGGGAGGCUAUUCCCUCGCCGGGCUCCUUUUGAUUUCAGAGAUAUUCUUCGGAAACAAAGAAUGAAAGGCUGGGAAUCAUUCCCUCCGUGCAUGAACGCCCGCACAUACGGGCAAGAGGGGGCACUUGCUCCCACCCUGAAAUC